AUGACAUCUAGAAGUACAUUGGGAAUUUCUUCUUUAGGAUUGACCGAGGAUACAGAAAAAUUUGUUUGGAAUAGGAUAAAAAGUAUUAGAAGUUCAUUAACAUUGCGCGGAGAAAAAGUCAAAGAAAAAUUAGUCGAAGAUAUUUCAGUUUCCAAUAGCAGCACUACCGAUAAAUCCAGCUUUUCUGUAUCCGAAUUAACUGAGACUGAGGCGGAAGGGGCUUCUCACAAGAGGUUACUUUCUCUUUCACCAGAAAAUAUAUCUCGUCAUUCCAGUCAAAUAUCAUACGAUUCUGGACAAGGAUUUUUUGGAAAAACCAAUUAUCGCACUAAAGAUGUCAAAUAUUUUGAUAAACAAGAAUUGAGAGAUUAUUUUCCAGACCUAAAAAAGUCUAGAUAUGGCUUUUAUAAUAGAAUUAUUCGUUCCAUACCUUGCCUACAUUUUUGUAUCCGGCUUAUAUUUCCUCCUUUUUACAAAGUCGACGAGCCCAGAUUCGUAUUAUGGAUGGUUUUGGUCAAUUUAUGUUUUCUUUACAAUAUGUUCACUAUUUUCAUCAGGACCUCAUUCAGAGAGGUUCAAAGUACACAAAAAAGUCUGUAUUAUUGGUUUGCCGUGGAUUAUUUUACCGAUUUUAUAUUUUUUACGGAUAUUUUAGUACACAUGAAACUUCGCUAUCUAUACAAUGGACUAUUCAUAAUUGAUCGAGUAAAAAUGCGACAAAAUUAUAUGAAAACUGGCAAAUUCAAAGCGGAUAUUAUUGCAUUAUUACCUACUGAUUUAUUGUAUCUUAAAUUAGGAAUAUGGCCUAUAUUUCGGAUUAAUAGAAUAUUUAAGGUAAAUAAAAUAUGUAAAAUAAUGUUUAUAAAAAUAAAAUUUUAGUAUCCUGUGUUGCCUCAAUUAUUUGAUUUGCUAGAAAUUAUACUUAGAUCCUCAUAUAUCUUGAGGAUGUUUAGAAUAGUGCUCUAUUUACUGUUGCUAAUAAAUGUAAAAGCAAGCUGCUUUUACUUGAUGUCCAAGUACGAAGGAUUUGGCAUAAAUGACUGGGUUUACGAUAACAAAGGACACGCAUAUUUGAGAUGCUUUUAUUUUGGAUUAAAAACCUCAACGGGUAUCGGCAAUAACGAAGGGGCUAAUAAUAAUCUAGAGAGGAUAUAUAUGACUAUCAUUUGGUUAAUAGGGACCUUUUCCGUAGCUUUAUUUAUAGCUCAGGUGAGAGCUAUUUUUGAGGAUAGUCGAAGAAACAUUACAGAAUUUAGGAAUGCUCUUGAUAAAACUAUGAAUUUUUUGAAAAAUUCUAACAUACCCCCUUACCUCACUAAUAAAGUUAGAUUAUGGAUAAUAUACACAUGGAAAUCACAAAAAUGCUUGGAUGAAAACGAGUUCUUAGACUUUCUCUCUCUAAAAAUGCAAACGGAUAUAGCUAUCAGUGUGCAUUACGAAACCUUGUCAAAAGUCCAAUUAUUUCAAGAUUGCGAGAGAAAUCUGCUAAGGGAUUUGGUAUUGAAACUUAAACCUGUCGUGUAUUUACCAGGAGAUUAUAUCUGUAAAAAGGGAGAAAUAGGUAAGGAAAUGUAUAUAAUCAAUAGUGGAAUAGUAGAAGUCACUAUAGGUAAAGACCCUAACUUGAUCGUACUGGCUACUCUAAAAGAAGGCUCUGUAUUUGGUGAAAUUAGCUUAUUGUCCAUAACGGGUGAAAAUAGAAGGACUGCUAACGUAAGAAGCAAAGGGUUUUCCAAGCUUUUUGUAUUGAGUAAAGAGAAUUUAGAAGACACUCUGAUGGAAUACCCCGAUGCCAAAACUUUAUUGGAAAAAAAGGCUAGAAAAAUUCUAAAGUCACAAAAAAAGAAAACUGGUACCAAAAAAAAUAAGGAAUCCACGGAAUUGCCAAAUGUUACUGAAGAUGAUGUCAAAGUUAAAGCAUUAUCUGAACCCAAAAUGAUAGAUACAGUAUUGAAGAUUAUGGACCCCACCUCCAAAACUGUGCAGAUGUUAAAGAAAGGGGAGCAUUUUACAGUUGAAAAUAAUCCGGAUUUCGAGAAUCAAGACUUAUCGAAUGUAAUCAGAGGCUCAUCUACGCCAAAAUUUAUGAGGAUGUAUCGUAAAAUCAAUAAUUUUGAUAAGAAAAAUACAAAUUACGAUGAUAUCAGGAAAGGAUAUAGUGAUAAUGCAUAUCGCAAAAUGGGUGACGACAAGGCUAAUAAGAAUGCAUUUAGAGGGCAUUUAAGAUCCCAAUCUCUUUCCCCUUUCACGAUUAAACCAAAUAAUAUAAAACCAUCCAGAUCUUUCCAAGACAAACACCAUAAAAAAUGGUACAAAUAUAAUUUAAAGAGGAAAUAUUGGAGUGUUAGUCCUAUCUAUCCUCAAAUUAUCAUUUCGUGUGAUGACAAAGAUACAUUUUACGAAUCAAGUCCCAGCAGCAGAACAAUAUAUAAAAAUAAAAAAGCAGGUCGUUAUAACAAAGUUGGUGAUCAUUCAUUGUCUGUUUCUUUGCAUUCAUUGACAAAUUUAAACACCGAAAGCGGAAGCUCGAGUUAUGUUUCUCUUCCCCAAUCUAAGAGUUGUUCCAAUCUAAGUUUCCCAAAUAUAUAAAAUGUUAAAACACCAACUUACGCAU